AUGGGCAAGCGAACUGCUCGGUGCAGGGACACUGGCCAGACGGAGCAGAGCCGGGGCGGCGCAGCCACCAGGUGGGAGGCGACCACGCUGCUGCUGCUGGCCAGGCUCCCGCGGCAGGCAGCGCUGCAGCCGGCCGGCCGGGCGGGGCUCAUCACCGUGGCGCUGUGCCCGCACCGCCUGGGCUUCACCGUCUCCGCCGGCUGCCUCUGGCCGGGCGAAGCCGCCUCCGGCUCCGGCCGCCUGCGGGGGCUACCGUUGGCUGUCACCUGGGAGCGGGAUGUGGCCACGGCCAAGGAGUUUGCGCUGAGCAACCUGCCGGAGGCAGGUUUUUGGGGACUGGUAAACAAUGCUGGAAUAUCGACAUUCAGUGAGACAGGGUGGCUGCCUAUGAAAUAUGAAAAAUUUGUGGAUGUGAAUCUCCUUGGGUGUAUAAGGUCAACGUUGGCAUUUCUUCCCCUUCUAAGGAAAUACAAGGGACGUAUGGUCUUUAUGUCUAGUAUUACUGCAUAUUUUACUUUGGGGAAUGGCAUUUACUCUAUGACCAAGGCAGCCAUAGAAAAAUUUUGUGAUGCCUUAAGACUGGAAAUGAAGAAGUUUGGAGUGCUGGUUUGUGUUAUUCAGCCGGGAAAUUACAUAUGUUCAACUAAUAUUCAGCCACCAGUCAAUGCACAGCAGAUCUGGAAUGAACUUAGUGAGGAGGAAAAGGCAGUCUACAAUAAAGAAUAUGUGCAAGAACAUUCAGACUUUUUCAACAGCAUGCUUAAUGAAGAGUACACCACAGGCCAUGAAGUUGUAGAUGCCAUAGUGGAUGCUUUAAUAUCACUUGCACCCAAGGCAUGUUAUAUGGUUGCGAAGCUAAAGGAGAAACUGUUGGUCUUUAUAUGCACAGGUUUCCCAACAGCUGUGAUGGAUUCAAUUCUGUCCUUUGCACUGAGUAAAGUGAAACUCACAUAGCCCUAUGAAGAGAAUACUGACUCCUCUUUCUGUUCUAUUAUUCAUGUUGGACAACUUUUGUAAGCAAAGGAUUUACAGCUUGGUCUAAAGCCUGUUGAAGUCAGUGGACAGACUCCCAUUGACUGGUCUGAGCUUUGGAUCAGACUCUUAUACAGGACUGUAACUUUUGCAUGCCGAAAUGCAUCUGGAGUUGAAUGUAAAAUAAUUCACUUGCUGUACUCUGGCAUUGCUCCACUUGUUGUAAGGAUUAGCUCACAUGAGGCUGUAUUCCUUGCCUGUUGAAUCCAAUGCAUUUUAUUUUUCUAUCGAAUCUUUCAGAUGAAAGUACCACAAAAUGCUUCCACGUCAGUUACAAGUAGAGUAUACCCUACAGUAGCAUUGAUAGAUACAAUCAGGCAGGGACGAAGAAUGUAAUAGUUUUGAGAGCCUGAAAAAGUAUUUUAUUGUUUUGUAAGAGGCAGAGCUAGGAGUGUUAGGCUGGAAGUGAGAAAUGGGCAUUGAAGUAGUUUUGAAUGGAGUCAUGAGGGUGCAGAGAGCUAGGGAGCCUUAAAUGAAUUAUGAAAGCACAGGUCCUUACCAAUGGAAACAAUAGCUAUCACUGUGAAGUAUUUUAAGCUCACUGAUAUUUUGCUUAAAUCUGUAACAUCAAAGCAAAUAUGUCAUAUGCUUUGUAAAAUAAAUAAGUAGCACAUUCCACUUACAAAUGAAUGUUCAUUCCUAACACGAUUUAUUGCCUGUCUCUAAUGUCCAGAUUAACCAAUACAUUAAGCCAAAGUGCAGUCAGAGAACUAAACACAAAAGAUGGCAAGCAGUUAGCACGGCACAAUC